AUGCUCAAGUGGAUAGAGCCAACAAUCUUGAAGAAUAUCAUAAUAGAUGUGGCCUCUGCACUUCAUUAUCUUCACCAUCAGUGCUCAACACCCAUGAUUCACUGUGACAUAAAACCACAAAACAUUCUUCUUGAUGAAGAUCUCACAGCUCAUCUGAGUGAUUUCGGUUUGGUGAGACUCGUUCCUGGAUUCAGUAAUGCACCGGAACCACAUUUGUUUAGCUCAUUUGGAGUUAUGGGAACCAUUGGUUAUGCAGCUCCAGAAUAUGGCAUGGGUAGUCAGGUCUCCAUUUUAGGAGAUAUGUACAGUGUUGGGAUUCUGAUGUUGGAGAUAUUCACCGGAAGAAGACCCACAGACACUUGGUUCCAAGCAAGCUCUAGUCUCCACCACUUUGUGGAAACGGCAUUGCCAGAGAAAGUUAUGGAGAUUCUAGAUAAAACAGCUUUUCAUGGUGAGAUGAUGAGUAAACCAACCAAUGAAGAAUAAUACCGGGCCAGUAGCAAGAAAGACCAGAUGGAAUGCUUGGUUGGCAUACUUGAGAUUGGAGUUGCAUGUUCAGCCAAAUCCCCAAGAGACAGAUUGAACAUGAGACAAGUUUACAGUACGUUGACAUUAAUAAGAGAGAAAUUUCUAGCAGCAGAUGUAUGAAGAGGAGACUGAAGCCACAGGCUACAAGUUAAAGCAUUGGAUUCUAAGCUAGUCUUACAUUCUGUCAAUUUGGUAAGAAAAUGCUGUACUCUUGCUUAAAAAAUUGAAGCCUCUGUAGUAUUUUCACUUUUCAGCAUGCAGAAGAACUAAGGUAGUAUCAGAUUUGUUGAUAGUUAAUGGCUUUAGUUUACGAACAUCAGAUGUUCCUAUUUUCUACAUUAGGAAUUAAAGAUUCCGAUGCAUAUGGAAAACCAUGGAAAGGUAGAUACAGCCUAUCCCCGAAGUUGAUAAAACUAGUUAAUGCAGGUAACUGAGGGAGAAUUAUCUACGGAAUGUCUGAUUCAAUCAUUGUAUUGCAUAAUGAUAUUCAUACAAAUAAUAAAAAUUCAAAUCUCUGUUUGGUUAGCAAUUUUCAUCAACAAGAAACUGAAGAUUAGGUAAAUGUAAACAUCCUUUGAGGUUUAGAAUUUGCUUGAGAUUAUUUGAUUGAACUUUCUUUCAAAUAGAAUUAUGGGACUUCCACUUAAUAAUUAGUAACAUGUAAAGGUGGUUAAAAAUGACGUAAUGGAAAAGGGGUUAUCUCAAAGACAAAUUCUAUUACAUGUAUCCUUCCUAAGCCAUAUUCUGUAAUAUACAUGCAAACAAAUUAUUGGCGCAUACA